ACACCCCCAAAGUCUGGGUUUUCUCUUUACUCUUUCUUCAAUCGGAAAAACCCUGAAUUGUUUUCAUCCUGAAAGAGACGAUUGAUUAAAUGGCGUGGGAAGUGGUUCUGUGGGUCAUCUUCUUCGUAAUGAACGUCGCUCUCGUCGCCUCUAAUCUGUAUCAGAUAGUGUGCCUAACAGACUUGGAGGCUGACUACAUGAACCCGUAUGAUUCAUCAGCUCGCAUUAACGCAGUGGUGAUUCCCGAGAUGGUGGUCCAUGGUGUAUGGUGUGCUCUUUUCCUUAUGACAGGCCACUGGGUCUUAUUUCUUCUUACACUCCCCAUUACGAUAUAUAAUACUAUGUUAUACUCGAAAAGAAGACAUCUUAUUGACGUAACUGAAGUUUUUAGAUCCAUUGAUGCUGAAAAGAAGCUUCGGAUCGUUAAGCUUGCCUUUUAUUUGCUCCUCUUUGUUCUAGUCAUUAUCGGGAUGGUAAUAGCGAUCGUUAACAAUUUGAUAGACGACAAGGAAGAAGUGUUACAUGGGUACGGAAUAUAUUGAUUCUUGGGUUUGUAACAUUAGUUGUAGGUUUUGUGGGGCAGAUAAAACCACAUAUUUUGGACAUCUGUUGAGCAGGUUUUGUAAAGUUGUUGUACUGUUUUUAUUUGUUUUAAGCUGUGUUUGCUAACUAUUGUCAUGAUUGAUCAAUUUUGACUGUGUUUGACCUUGUAUCGGUAUGUUUGACCAUGGAAAUAUUUGUUUUUAGAA